AUGCAAGUCACCGUGGCUGGUGGCGGGUUCCCGAAACCUAAACGGACCAUCAGAUUUAGCCGGAGUCAGCAAGCAAUCAAGAUAGGUGAUCGAAGGAAGGAGGAAUUGGGCACGAAAUGCGAGGAACCGCGGGCCGAUGACGUCGAUGAGAGCUUCCGACCCAGCCGGCGUCCAUUGGAUAGACUUUGGGAUCUACUCUUCAGCAGUGAUGACACUCUCCUGGUCGGUGGGCCCUUUUCGUCGUCACCAUCUGGGGAGUUGCGUUUACUCUCUUCCUCUCCUCUGCGGCCAACAACCCCCCCUCCUCUCCUCUUCCCCUCGCUGCCAAUUCGUCUUCCUGUUGUUGGGCAAGGUGUCACCAACGCAGUCGAUGCUAUCUACCUCCUCUCCCUGUUGACCCUCGGAUCCAUUAAUUGA